CAAGAGACCUCUUCCUUGAAUUUUAUUGUGCUCGAAUUGACCCUGCAUAAUUUCUCUUAUUUAUUCUUGCUAAGUUCAAACCCUCGUCCUGACAAAAUCUCUUCGCAAGCUGUUCCCGCCGCAAGAAAUAUCCAUCCCACCUAUAUCGACCUGUCACUGAUAAACAAGAAGACGAAAAUACUGGACGUAUCGUAUUUCAUGUUCCAGCCGUGUACAGCGAUAAAGUCAAAAUUCACGAUUGGCAAAUGAAGAUCUUGUCGGAGCCUAGAGAUAACGCGGACAUAUUUCCACCGAGCGGGAAUCUGCACAAAUCCUCGUAUCGGAGGCUUGGUCCAGCGGACGAGAUCACUGGGAUUUCGGAGACGCGCGCUAUGCUGUCGCAGAUUAAAUUAAAAGACGAGUACAAGCCGGUUACUUAUCCACGACGUAGUUUACUAACGAUGCAGUCGCUUGCUUCGGCGGAGAAGGAUUACGAGGAAAAGGUAUUAAAAUUAACGGACAUCCUUCUGGAUCCCAUGGUCACUUGCCAGAUGAAUUACCGCACUACCACGAGCAGCGAUUAUCGGUCGAUUUAUCCUCUAAAACCGAAACCACCACCACCGCCACCAUUACCAGAGCCGUGGUUGUUAAAUCGACGCACCAUUGGUUACAGUCUCCAGGAUUUGGAAAAUCGUUGCGGAUAUCACACGUUUUUAGACGAUAAUAUGGAUCUUCAUCAGAGAAUAGCAGAUUUAAAAAUGCAAAGGGGGAAACUGUAUGAGAUUCUAAUAAAUAAUAAAUGUCAACAAAGUCCUGUUAACGAUUGACAAGUUUUAUAUAAUUUCUGCUUUAUAAAAUGGUCUUGUGCAUUAAAGUAAAGGGAGAAAUU